AGAAUUCAAUGCUUUGAAGUCCCCCAGUGCCAGUUCGCUCGGAGACGCAGUGAUGUCCGCUUCAGAUUUGGAUAGAGCCUUGCAUGCCACUGUCCUGAAAAGGGAAGCUGUGAAAGAGGCUGAGUAUCGUGCCGCUCGCCAAAAGCACGAGGAGGAGGUCCGCCUUGGAUUUGGUGCCACAGAUAUGACGAAAGAGGAACUGAAGAAGCUGAUCGAUAGCGACAGACGCAUGUACUACCGUUCUGAAGAACUAAAUGACAAACUCUUCAUCCAGUACAAGGGCUGGAAGGAACUGAAGAAUCUUGAGGGCUGGACUGGCCUGCGGGCUCUUUAUGGCGAGUGCAAUGCCUUCGAUAGAAUCAGUGGCCUUUCUUCUUGUCGGAAUCUCCGUAGUCUUUUUCUCCAGGAAAACUGCAUCAAGAAGAUUGAGGGCUUGGAGGGCUGUCCACUUCUGUGGAACUUGAACCUCAACAAUAAUUUUAUCGAAAGGAUAGAGGGGUUGUCGCACUUGCGGUCUUUGAACACCCUCACCAUCCAGAGGAACAAGAUCGGUUUUUCAGGUGUUGAUGAUCUGGUCCAUUUGGUCGAGACAACGAUCUCAACCUUGGACGUCCAGGACAACAAGAUUUGGGAUCCCGAUGUUCUUCCAGAGGUUUUUGUGCGGAUGGGAGAUUUGCGGGUGCUUUACCUGAAGGGAAACCCGUGCGCCAAGAAGAUACCAAACUACAGAAAAGGCAUCACGGCUGUGUGCCACAACCUGAAGUAUUUGGAUGACCGACCUGUUUUCCCAGAGGACAGAAGAGCAGCUGAAGCGUUCAAUCGAGGAGGACUAGAAGAAGAGCGUGCUGAGAGGCGCCGCAUAAAGGAGGAGGAGAACGCCCAACAUGAGCGCAACAUGAAAGCUUUUCAGGACAUGAUAGACAAUGUGAGACGCGAAAAGCGCGAAAGGGACUCCAUGAGAGAUGAGGAUAAAUACACCAAUGCUAGCGAUCCGGUCAUCUCUCAAGAAAGACGAAUGCAACAGCAGGUUGAAAAAUGGAAGCAGGAACAUGCAGAGGAAAUCAAGGAUGAUGCCAAGGUUCACGCUGAACGGUGCUUGCGGUCUGAAUCUGGAGAUGAAAGGACCUCGAGGAUCAUGAGUCACCAGCUUUUGGAUAUGCCUCAAUGCAAGUCUCAACGAUGUGGCAAUGUGUUGAAUUUGGCUUCAGAGAAGCCCAAUCUCAGAAGGACAUUCGGACCUACGUACAUAAUUAGUUUUAGGCAUCUCAAGCAACGAAGCGCCCGUUAAAUCUAAAUCCUUUUCGGUUGGGUGUCUUUCGGCAACGUUCAAAGCAGCUUCUGUAGAUUCUUAGGACAGCAAAGAAAGCAGAGCCAGAGCAAAGAUACGAAGGUGAGAAGUUUUGCUCCGAAA